AUGCCAAAUGUCAGUCAAGAUUCACUUUCUCUACCUCAACUACUUUCCUCCAAAACUUGGUGCAUUAUCCCCCUUGAAUGUUAUCUUCGUGUUUUGGAACUUCGGGGAUACGGAUGCAAACUACAAGCAAUAAAAGUCAUUCCUGAUGACCUUUCAGGCUCAGCGUAUUUUCUCCGGCAAAAUGUUUGGGAAGUAUCAACUUUGGGAAUUUUCAGAUUUGGACGUGCAGGUUUCGCUGCUUUGCAAAUUGUUGCUGACUACAAGAUAACAUUGUGGAACUUAGAUCCAAACAGUGAAGACUACCAAAAAAUAAAAUCAAAGAUUCACACCCGAUCUGCUGAGAGGUUGCGAGAUGUGUGUCUUGAUAAUGGAGGUGUAUUCAUCAAAGUUGGCCAACAUAUUGGAUCCUUGGAUUAUUUACUGCCACCUGAAUAUGUGCAAACUAUGAGAAUUCUUUAUGAUAAAGUGCCACUUACACCAGUUAAAAAGAUGCUUGAAGUCUUCAAGGAAGAAUUUGGACAAGAGCCUGAUGAAGUAUUUUCAUCAAUUGACCCCAAACCACUUGGUAGUGCUUCUUUGGCUCAAGUCCAUAAAGCAGUUUUGAAAGAUGGUACACCUGUUGCUGUGAAGAUUCAAUAUCCCCGUGUGAAAGCUCAUUCUUUUGUGGAUAUAAAAACAAUGACUUUAUUGGUGAAGGCUGUCAAGUUUAUUUUCCCUGGGUUUAAAUACAUGUGGUUAGCAGAAGAAACAGAGAAAAAUCUCCCAUUGGAAUUGGAUUUUAUUCAGGAAGGCAAAAAUUGUGAAAAAGUUGCUAAAAUGCUGCAACACUUGAGUUUUUUCAAAGUGCCACAUAUCUACUGGAAUCUUUCAUCAAGUAGAGUUCUAACUAUGGAAUACUGUACUGGAGGACAUAUUGAUGAUAAGGAAUAUAUGACAAAAAAUAAAAUACCUGUGAAUGAGGUCUCAAAGAAAAUGAGCAAAAUAUUUAGUGAGAUGAUCUUCAAGUAUGGAUACGUACAUUGUGACCCACACCCGGGAAAUAUAUUGGUGAAUAAAAUGAAGAAAGGGGAGACAACACUGACAUUGCUUGAUCAUGGUUUAUAUCAGAUCUUAACUGAUGAAUUCCGAUUGAAUUAUUGCCAGUUAUGGAUGUCCUUAAUCAGAGCUGACCUUAAAAGUAUUAAGCACUAUGCUCAUAAGAUGAAUUGUGGAGAGCUUUAUGGCCUUUUUGCUUGUAUACUAACUGCUCGAUCAUGGAGCUCCAUCCUCUCAGGCAUCGAUAAAACACCUGUCAGCCAAGAUGAGGCUAAAGAAAUCCAGAACCAAGCCCUAAAUUAUGUAGUGGAGAUUUCUGAAGUUUUAGAACGCAUACCUCGGCAAAUGCUGCUUAUAUUAAAAACCAAUGAUGUACUUCGAGGAAUUGAAUCCAAGUUAAAAGUCACUAAAAAUGCAGAAUCAUUUUUAAACAUGUCACGUUAUUGCAUCAAUGCCAUUGCUAAAGAAGAGUUACUUUUUUGUGAUACAUUAACCUGCAAAUUACAAACACAAUUUCAUUUUAAGUUGCUCUUGUUCAAAAUUUCUAUGCUGGAAUUUUUUCUCUGGUUGACUUCCACAAGUAUAGGAAGAUAUGCCUGGAAAAUUUUAGACACUGCUAAAUAUUUAUGGUUUUCAUCUACUCUUAUAGGUAGAUUUUUAGGGCUAUAA